AUGUUCGUGGAACAUCCACCAUUAGGAGGUGGUGGUGGAGGUGUUGGUCAUUCUUUAGCACCAUCAACUACACGAUCUAGUAGUAAUGAACCUGCAGCAUACAGCAAUUCAUCAUUUGAUCAUAAUACAUUUGUACUUAUGGUUUUAGCCAUUCUUAUUCCAAUUGCUUUUGCCAUGAUUCUUUGUAUUGUUACAUAUUGGAUCUAUAGAUACAACAAAAGAAUAUCUUUAAGAACAUCAACAAAUGCUUCAAUAGUACCGCCCGAUCGAUUUGAUGCUCGUGCUGCUACAGUUAUUUAUAAUACUCAACAUAGUCCAUUUAUUUUCGAAGAAUCACCGCCUUCAUAUGAUUCAUUAGGAGAUAUUAAAAAAGCUUUACCUAGUAAUACAACAACAACAACAAAUACAAAUCAAUCAUUGCCAUCGACAAUAUUACCUAAUACAACAUUGGCAGAUACUAAUGAAAGUAUAGAAGCAGCAGCAAUUAUUCCAACAGCGCCUACUCCACCACCAUCUUAUAUCAAUCUUGAUGAAUCAAAUAAAUCAUAG